GAGGAGGAGGAGGCGUCGGCAGCAGCGGCACGAGCUUUGCCUCCCUUUCGCUCUCUGCGCCCCUCCUGCCGCGCGCGCCGGGCGGGGAGGGAGGAAAAAAACAUUGCGCAGGUUCUAAAUUGGAACGUUGGAGGCGGCGUGAUUGAGCGCGCGAGCGAGAGAGUGAGUGAGUGAGCGCGAGCGCUGUUGCAACAUCAGCAGUAGCAGCAGCAGAAAAGGCCUGCUUGCUUGCUUGCUUGCUUGCAGCCCAACCCCGCGCCGAAUCUGCGCCAAGCAAUUCGUUCCCUUCUCGUCUCUUCUGGAUGGAGCUUUCCGCCAUCGGGGAGCAGGUGUUUGCCGUAGAGAGCAUCCGGAAGAAGCGUAUAAGGAAGGGCAAAGUGGAAUAUCUGGUGAAAUGGAAAGGAUGGCCCCCCAAGUACAGCACAUGGGAGCCAGAGGAUCACAUUCUUGACCCUCGUCUGGUGAUGGCUUAUGAAGAGAAGGAAGAAAGAGAGCGUGCCUCCGGUUAUAGGAAGAGGGGCCCCAAACCCAAGCGCCUAUUGCUGCAGAGGCUGUAUAGCAUGGACCUGAGGAGUGCCCACAAAGGGAAAGAGAAACUCUGCUUCUCUCUAUCACGGAGGUUUGGAGGAGGAAACAAUCUGGCAGGGAGCAAGGGAGAGCAGACAGAGCUGCCCGAGAAAAACGGGGGAGCAGUCCUGCCUUUCCCACUUCGGAAGCAGAGCAAGAACCAGAAGUACCUGCGCCUUUCACGGAAGAAGUUCACCCGCAUGUCGAGCCUGGAGAACCGGAACCGCCGGCGGGAGUUCUUCCUGAAGGAGCCGGUGGCAUUGGAGGACAGGCAAACUCCCAGUGACUGGGAUGAGGCCGUGCAGCCCUCCAGCAAAGACGUGAGCUCGGAGGCAACGGAAGGCAACCUUUCAUGGAGCCCUGCUUUGCCCCCAAAUGAAGUGACAGUGACGGAUAUCACAGCAAACUCCAUUACCGUGACUUUCAGAGAAGCACAAAUGGCAGAGGGCUUCUUCCGAGACCGAAGCAUCCAAUUCUGAGUCUCCAGUUCUGUUUCAUCUUUUAUUUCCUUUUUUCCAUGUUUGGGGAACUCACUCAGUUUUUGGUUUUGUUUUGUUUUGUUUUCAUCUCCUGCAUUCCCAGGCAGAUUUUUCUAGGGUGGGCUACAUAUAAUCAUAUUGUUUAAGAAGCAAAAUCCUAAAAUUUUCCUUCACAAAUGUUUACAGAGGAUUUUGGUUUUAUUUUGACUGUUGAUCUCACUGAUUCCUUCUUUUUCUUCCCUACUCUCCUUCCAAAUACGCAAAAACAAAACAUAAAAAGGCAAUGUGGGGGUGCCUAUGUUUUUCCUCAUUUGUUACUAUAAGAUAUAUAGAUAUAUAUAUAUAAAGAGAGAAAGAGAGUGAAUGAGUAUAUAGAUAUAAUACUAUCUGUCUGUUGUUGUUUUGUCCAUCUGGAAAACUGAAACUCUUUAUUGGCAAGGUUGGUUGUUCGCGGUGCAUUAUGGAAGAAUGUUGUUCAUGCCCUGUAGCAAUUAUAGCCUAUCCGUGGUAAAUGUAGUGGCUUGGGGUGAAUGUCCAAAAGUAGGGAAGGCACCAAAUACAAAUAUCUUUGUAUUCUUCCAUGUUUCAGUGUUGAUUUCCCUUGUCAAACUACUUCCCUGUGAAAAAUAGUCCUUCCUUCCUUUCUUGGGAUGGCUUAUUUUGACGCUGUCUCUCUUACCAGGGCUUUACAAAAUGUGCAACAAACCCAUUUGAGAGGCUUGGCUAUACAGUUGGUACACUGGCUUGCGUGUUUGCAUCUCUCAAGGGAACACCUGCACUGGUGCCCUCUCUUUCCAUGCUUUUGUUGAAACAGAAGAUCCAGAAACAAUGCUGCUGUGACCAGGCGCAUUGGCAAAAGAAAAACUCAUCUUGCUUUUAUUCAUCCCAUUGUGGCAGACCAGUGGUUUUGAAACUCUCUUCCUUG